UAUUACUUGGGGAAAGUUGCUGAAGCGAUGGCAAGUAAUGAUGGCAUUUUCACAUGUCCAAUUUGUUUGGACUUCCUAAAGGAUCCAGCGACUCUUAACUGUGGACACAACUACUGUUUGGGCUGUAUUGAGAACUGCUGGAAUGAGGAAGAUGUGAAGGGCGUUUACAGCUGUCCCCAGUGCAGACAGACUUUCACUCCAAGACCCGUUUUAAACAAGAAUUGUAUCAUGGCUGAGCUCGUGGAUCGAAUGACGAAGAGCAGAACACAAACUGCAGCUGCUGUUGAAUGUGCUGCUGGACCUGGAGAUGUGGCCUGCGACGUCUGCACCGGUAGAAAACUCAAAGCUGUCAAGUCCUGUCUGGACUGUCUGGUAUCGUACUGUGACACUCAUUUAAAAGCUCACAAUGAACUUAAUCCAGGUAGAAAUCACACCAUAGUCGAUGCUACGGGCCAGCUACAGGAGAGGAUCUGCCCCCGUCAUAAGAAGGUUUUUGACAUAUUCUGUCGCACCGACCAGAGUUGCAUCUGCUAUCUAUGUACGAUGGACAAUCAUAGAGGCCACAACACCAUCACGGCUACAGCAGAAUGGAGUCAGAAAAAGGAGGGUUUGGGUCAGAGCCAGAGGAGAUGCCAACAGAUAAUCCAGUUGAAGGAGAAGGAGCGGCAGGAGCUGAGAAAGGCUGUGGAGACUCUCAAGUCUGGUGCACAGACAGCAGUGGAGGAGAGUGAGAGGAUGUUUACUGAGAUGGUCCGCUCCAUGGAGAGAAGACGCUCUGAGGUGACAGAGCUGAUCAGAGCUCAGGAGAAGGCUGAGGUGAGUCGAGCUGAAGGACUCCUGAAGCGACUGGAGCAGGAGAUUGCUGAACUGAAGAGGACAGAUGCUGAGAUGAAGCAGCUUUCACUGACACAGGAUGCCAUCCAUUUCCUCAAGAACAUUGCGUCCAUCACUGAGAGGCCUUACAGCACAACUUCAACCAGUGUGACCUUCAGCCAAAGCUUCUCCUUGGAGCCCCUGAAGGAAUCUUUGUCUGCACUGAAGAUGCAACUGAACGAGAAACUAGAUUCAGUCUUCCAACAGGGAAUAGUCAAGAUAUCUGCAGCAGCUAUGACCCAUUUCCAGAUCAUCCAGCACAUGCAGUGUGAGAAAAAAUCAUUGAUGCAGCUGGAGGAAAAAUUCAAUUCUGUCGUCAAGCAGAAAAGAGUCAAGAUAUCUGCUGCAGUGUCUGAUGGCCAGGCUCUUAUUGAUGAACCAGAGACCAGAGCGUUCUUCACCUUUAAGAAGUGUGAGGUGCGUAGGAAAGAG